AUGUCUGACCUUAUGCACAUAGUAGACAAGCUCCGCGAGGCCGCAAUGCAGGCCAAGCGCGAAUGCGACACUCAGGUCGAGCAGGUCCUGACUCGAAUGACCAAGAAAAUCAAGGAUGAUAUAACCAGCCACCGCGACAAACUGCUGCAGCAACGCAAAACCUUGGUUGAGCAGGAGGAAAAGGAGCACGUUACGCAGAAGCAACAGGUGAGCGGCCCAUGCCAAAAAGCGCACCACGCCCAGCUUGACGCAAACAUCAAAGAGUUCGAGCGGCUCAAGAGGUCGCUCAUUGAGCUCCUGGAAACCCACAAAGUCAAACAAAAGAAAAUGAACCACUGCAAGUGCCUCAUGCUUAGAGAUGACGAGACCCUUGUCAAGGUGCACCACAUGCUCACUGGCAACGACUCGUGA